AUGUCUCACCAAACAGGAAUACAAGCAAAUGCAGAACUGAGGAAAUAUUUAGGCAAAUGCAGAGAUGGAAAGAUAAGAGCUUUGAAAAUCAGCAUUGAGAAUGAACAGUUGGUGCUAGCAAAGUAUUAUCCAGUAAAACACUCAUGGGAACAAGACUUCGACAAGUAUGUUCCUUCGUUGGUGGUUGAAGAUCUCCCCUGCUAUAUUUUGUAUAGGUUUGACUCAACAAACUCCGUAGGCCAUGAAUGGCUAUUGCUUAGUUGGUCUCCAGACAGUGCUCCAGUAAGACAAAAGAUGUUAUACGCGUCUACCAAAGCUACACUUAAACAAGAGUUUGGUUCUGCCCAUAUUAAAGAUGAAAUGCAUGCUACACUCAAGGAUGAAAUGUCUCUGAAAGGCUAUAAAACGCAUUUGAGCGGAGUGAGCGCACCAGCACCCCUUACUGACAGAGAAGAAGCAUUGAAAGAACUACAAGAGAGUGAGCAAAACACCAACUAUGGGACUGAUGCAAGACAGUCAACGAUGGGUGGAGUAUCGUUUCCUAUUACAGAAGAUGCCAAACAAGGAAUGCAUGAUCUCAAAAGAGGUUCCUAUAACUACUUGCAAUUUAAGAUAGAUAUAGAAAAUGAGAAGAUUCUCCUAUCCAAAGCUGCCAACAUAUCAGUGAUAGAGUUACCACAACAGGUGCCAAGCGACCAGGCCAGAUACCAUCUUUACAUAUUCAAGCAUUCACAUGAAAGUGACUAUAUGGAAAGUGUAGUUUUCAUAUAUUCAAUGCCCGGAUACAACUGCAGUAUAAAAGAAAGAAUGAUGUAUUCCAGCUGUAAGGGACAAUUUUUAGAAAUCAUUGAGAAGAUGGGACUUGAAAUUGCAAAGAGAUUGGAAAUAGACGACGGUCAAGAGCUAACCGAAGAGUUCUUAUACGACGAGAUCCAUCCCAAAAGGAACCUUCAUCGUCCAGCAUUUGCCAAACCCAAGGGACCUCCGAACAGGGGCGCCAAAAGGAUCACGAAGUCGCAGACCACUCAAUAA